GCAGCAGAAGGUCAUCCCGUGCAUUGACAAUUUGACAUUGUAAACACAUACAGCAUUUGUGAGGGAUUUGUUCCUCAUCCUCCUGACUGGCUGACUCCGACGUCUCCUCUCUUCUCCAUCACCAAACAACAUCAAAGUCUAUCCUUUAGUCUCAAAGAGUUUAGGAGAGAGGGAGAGAGGGAGAGAGAGAGAGAGAGAUGACCCAAGUAAGUUUCAGGCUUUCAAGUACUCUGAGGUUUCAAUUCUCAAUUCCCAAGCAGGGUCUUGACCAUAAAUAAAUUCAAAUUGUUGAAUUUAAUGAACAAGUAAAGUAAACGAAGCAAGGAGGAAAUUCAGAUCAACGCUAAGCGAGAAACAACGGAGCUACUUCCCAUUCCACAACUUCACAACUUCACAACAUAGCGUCGGAGCUCUGCUCUCUGCGAUUUUGACACCAACAAACAAUAAAAGACCACGGCUUUAAGCCUUUUAACUUUUCCAAAACCAGAACCACUUGCUUUCUCCAUUACCCAAAUGCCUUCUUCUUCCUUUUCUCUUCGCAGACCCUCUGCCUCUACCUCUACCUCCUCUGUUUCUUCUCCUUCUGCUUCCUCUGUUUCAGCUCGGAAACAGGACACUGGGGGCUGCUGUGAGCAGAGCCCCAGGCGGCUCACGCGGCAGAAGAAGCUCCGCCACAUCAAUGACCAGGACCUGUGUUUCCCCCUCCCUGAAAAGUCUCGCUCCUCGCCCACUUCGCCUGAAUAUUCCACCCGAAAGUCAACGUCUCCGGAUCGUGAGUCCAAGUCAAACCACUGGUCCUCUUCGGCUGCUGCUGCUCCACAACCCUUGCCUCUACCAGAAUCUCCCGUGAUCGGGAGACCCGGCUCUGUGCCCAAAGAUGGGUACUUUGGCCAUGCGUUAUGUAGGAAAAAAAGAAAUCAAGUUGCCACAACCUCAGCACCACAGAUUUCUAAUUCAAUCAAUAAUCAAGGGGCAUUCUCCUCAGCACCACAGAAUUCUAAUUCAAGCAAUCGUCAAGGGCCAUCCUCCUCUGCACCACUGACUAAUUCAAGCAAUCGUCGAAGGGCAUUAUCUUCCCAAGAUGUAAAUAAUAAUGGUGGGGGUUUUAAUUACAACUUGGGACUGAAUGUUUUUUCUAGGAAAGCUCAGGCAAAUGUUUUCUCAAGUCAUCCUCUUAGCCCACAAAGAUCAAACUUUGUGGAGAUGGAUGGUUUUCCUGUACAUGUUGCCACCACUUCACCCAUUAAUUGUUCAAGCAAUUAUCAUAGGGGAAAGAGACAAGAAGAUGAAAGUUACAACUUCAGCAAGAGUGCUCCAACAAGUGGGUUUUCAAGUCCUGCAGUUAGCCCUCGAAGAUCAAAGGCGGGGGAACCAAACAAUAUUGCUCAUAGUCCCAGUCAUUCUGCUCUUCCCAGCCCCACAUCUCGAAGUCCACGCUUCAACCACAAAAAUUCAAAUGGAAAUGUAUUUGCGUUGCAUCAUAAAUCAUUCACAGAGGGUUUUUCAGAGAGGGGUGAAAGUAGUAGUCAAGUCAAUGCUCACCCUUUGCCUUUGCCUCCUGGAGCCGUGGUACUUCCACAGCCAUCUAGCAUGCAUCACAAUGCAGAACUUCUGUCCACAUCAUCAAUGAAUGGUCAAUGGCAGAAGGGAAAACUUAUUGGACGAGGUACCUUUGGUAGUGUUUAUCUUGCAACCAACCGAGAGACCGGGGCCUUAUGUGCAAUGAAGGAAGUUGAUCUCAUUCCCGAUGAUCCUAAAUCUGCUGAAUGUAUAAAGCAAUUGGAGCAGGAAAUUAAAGUCCUCCGUGCACUAAAGCAUCCAAAUAUUGUGCAGUAUUAUGGUAGUGAAGUGAUUGAUGAUCACUUCUACAUAUACCUGGAGUAUGUUCAUCCUGGAUCAAUUAAUAAGUACGUCCAAGACCAUAUUGGAGCUAUGACAGAAUCUGUAGUUCGCAAUUUUACUCGCCAUAUCCUCUCUGGGUUGGCUUUUUUGCAUAACACAAAGACAAUUCACAGGGAUAUAAAGGGUGCAAAUUUGCUUGUUGAUGCAUCAGGCGUUGUUAAACUUGCCGAUUUUGGGAUGGCAAAACAUCUUAACGGACACUCGUACAAUCUUUCUCUGAAGGGCAGUCCAUACUGGAUGGCUCCUGAGGUCAUAAAGGCUGUGAUGCAGAAUAAUGCUGAUCCUGAUCUUGCUUUGGCUGUUGAUAUAUGGAGCUUGGGUUGCACAAUCAUUGAGAUGUUCAACGGAAAACCUCCUUGGAGUGACUUUACAGGACCUCAAGCUAUGUUCAAGGUUCUGAACACAAUCCCAGAUAUACCAGAAACAUUAUCUGCAGAGGGAAAGGACUUCCUCAGUUGGUGUUUCCGUAGGAACCCUGCCGAGAGACCAUCAGCUAUUCAGCUACUAGAGCAUCCUUUUGUACGAAAUCCACAUGAUCAAACUGUCUCACACUAUGCCCAGAAUUUUUCUCUGAUGAACCUAAUCGAUAAAUUGCAUAGUCCGAGGGACCAUACUAAGCCAAAAAAUGGGCGAUGUUGAUCUCUCCACACACUUCCAGUUGAGAGGUGGCUUUGCACCAUUCUUCAUACCAUGUGCUCGAGGAUCAUCCCUGUCUCUAAUUGCAGCCCUUGUUCAAGUUAAAGCUUCCAGCCGUAAGCAUUUUAAAGACUCAUGGAAGGGAAGACCCAAACCUAGGACCCAUGUGUUUUUGGAAGAAAUGGAGCCAAGUUUCUCUCGUGCUGUAUCUGGAAGAUGCUAGCUUUUCUUUGGAAAAAUGCCAGCGUGCAGCUCUAAUGGAGAUUUUUCCGUUGCCCCAUUUCACCUUUGCUGCCUUUGGUGAAGUUACAUGGCUUUAUCAGUGAACCAACUGAGUAGGAUUUGGAAGCUGGUUAUUUUAUUCCUCAUCAAGUUGAGGACUUUCAACUAAUACGACGGGUUCCUGCUUUGGGUGAUGACUCUUUUUUUUCUUUUUUUUUUCCUUUUGAGAAUGUCACGUGGAGCUAAGAUCAGUAGAAAAAAAUAGAGUGCAUAUAUUUACAUAGAACAGGUGAUGGAGCUCAUAUUAAUUUGUAAAUACGAAUUUGUGUAGCAAUUAACACACAAAUUCUUUUCCUUUUCAAAUAUUCCAUUUUCGAUUCUCUGCA